AUGUCUGUGCCGGCAUCUCCAUUAGAACUUCUCCCCAAUGAGCUCCUAGACCAGAUUAUCUCCUACUUAUCCACGGAGCCACCAUCAUUCGGACAACUACAUCAUGCACCCAGUUUGCAACUCACCCAGUCUCCAACAAAAGACCUCAAGCAUUUCGAACUGUGCUCACGGCGCCUAUCUCAACUUGUGAGACCGAAACUGUUCAGUUACGUCCGACUCAAGCUCCAUGAUGAACCCAACUUCCAAUCGUUUAUGGUCAAAUCAGACCUCUGUCAAUAUGUGAAGUCUCUUGUUGCGAUUGCGGAUGAAAACCCAGAUCAUCAGAUCGAUCCAUUUUGGUGGCGCCGAGUCCUCCGCUAUUUGGAUCCUUGUCGUGUUCUAGUAAUAGGGCCGCCAGUCUUCAUUGGAAACACUCUAGCUACCCCGAUCAAUGAUGGACACCACUGGGCAUUUGAUAUGCCCCUACAGAUCUUGGUUUUGGAACGAGAGUGCACACCUCGGGACCCAUCCCACCUGCCUGACCUGCAGCCUUGUACUAGUCUUCUAGCAUCACGAGCUUGGACAUCGAUGACUUUUAACGAGUCAUCUUCUCUGAAAGCAUACAACCACUACGAGUACUUCCUUUCAUGUGUCCCAUCGGUUCUUACAGAAUGGGGCACAAGUGGGAUACGUGAUUCAACUCGUACGCUUCAACGCCCGACCAAUCUGCCAGCCCUCUUAGAUGGCCUCACAUACUUUUCCUACACGGCUGUGUUUCCAUUUUACAAUCACUCGCAAAUUGUACUGGAUGCGGUUGUGAGAAUGCGGCACCUGCGACGCCUUGAUGUGCAGCUGGCUCCCCCUCAGGAUAAUCAUAUUACCGAGCUUGAACAACGAGGGUCCAUGGACCCUAAUGAUCCAUGGAUGGAACUCGCAACCUCGUACUCCCUGGUUGGGUAUACUGUGAAUAAUCUGCCCUGUUUGAAAGAGUUCAGGAGCGGUGACCUGCAUGUGGAGCCUAUGCGGCAGGAUCUGCUAGCCAUUUUGGACGAUGUCAUUGGAGACGGUGGCUGGGUACAUGAUGGGCGUGGAAUAUGGAAACGAGCUUGA